AUGAAGUUCAUCGCCAGCCUUCCCUACCUUGCCGCUCUGGCCAACGCUCUUGCUGUCGACAUCAGCAAGCGUGACUCGCCCAUCAAUGUCGAACUCGAGAUGGUCGGUAACAGCGAGGUCAAGGCCAAGAUCACCAACACCGGCAACGAGGCCCUGAACGUCUUCAAGACUGGAAGCAUUCUGGACUCGCGCGAGAACGUUGCAUUCAGUGGCCUGAAGAUCUUCGUCGACUCGACCAUGGUCGAUGUUGAAGAAUUCCAGACUCUGGGUGCUGGCGAGACCGUCGAGGCCCUAUUUGAUGUGGCCGAGAUGCACGACCUCAGCGCUGGCGGCGACUUCGAUAUCGCCGCCACCGGCUCUGUCAAGUACGCGGCAGCAAACAGCACCGAGAUCAUCGGGGAAGCCAGCAUCGAGUCCGCCGCCAUCAAGGCGACUGUUGACGGCGCCCAGGCCUCCAGCGUGCACGAGAACUCGCCGCUGAGGCGCACCGUUAUCGCUUCGACCUGCAGCACAUCUCAGAGGAGCACACUGACCUCGGCGCUGUCCGGCUGUGUGCAGUACGCCCAAGGUGCGGCGACUGCUGCCAACUCGGCGCCCGCAGCCAAGCUCGAGGAGUACUUCAAGAGCUCGACCGCGAGCACGCGCAGCACCGUCGCCCAGGUGUUCAACAACGUCGCCUCGCAGUGCAGCAGCGGCACCAGCGGCAACACGCAGAUCCGCUGCACCGACUCGGCCGGCGCGUGCCAGGGCUCCGUCGUCGCCUACACCGUCCCCAGCCAGAGCUACAUGCACUACUGCCCGACCUGGUUCUCGUACCCGGCGUCGACCAGCACCUGCCACGGCACCGACCGCCCCUACGUCGUCGUCCACGAGGCCACCCACCUGACCCAGGUCAAGGGCACCGACGACUACAGCUGCUACGGGUACACCUGUGUCCGCGGGCUGACUGCCGCCCGGAACCUGAACCACGCCGAUACUUAUGCUCUCUUUGCUCAGGCUAUUCGUGUUGGCUGCUAG